AGGAAGGCAGACGAUGGGGCGAUUCAUUUUUCUGAGCAUGGGCUUGCUGGUGGUGGCCCUCUCCUUAAGUGGAGCUGGAGCUGAUCACCACUGCCCCCCCAGUUGGUCCUCCUUUAAUGAGUUUUGCUUCAAGCUCUUCAAACAAUGGGAGACGUGGAACGAUGCAGAGAUGUCCUGCAGGCAAGCGCAGAACAGCAGCCACCUCGCCUCCAUCCACAGCUGGGCAGAGUCAUUUCAUGUGGGCCGGUUGCUCUCGCGCCAUUUCAUCCUUAACAAUGUCUGGAUCGGUCUGAGUGAUCCGCAGAAAAAUCUCACCUGGGAGUGGAGUGAUGGCUCCGAGGUCAGUUUUACACGCUGGAAUUCAGACCCCAACAACCUUCGCAAUAAGGGGAACUGUGUUCAGCUGUCCAAGUUUUCAGGCUAUCGUCAGUGGAAUGCUGUAAACUGUGGAUCACGUCAUUUCUUCAUCUGCAAGAUACAGCCAGAGUCUGAGUGAUGAGGCACCUGAUGAAACCUGCAGGAUUAAGGAAGCCCCCCCACCCCCCCGCACCUGCCAAA